AUGCCACGAUGGGAUGUAGAAAAACUUAUUUCCCUCGUCCAGGAGAAGCCGGAGCUUUGGGAUACCCGGCAUAAUUCAUAUAUUGACCGCCAAAAAAAGGAUGCUUCAUGGGAGCAAGUGGCACGGAGCAUGCGCCGAAGUGAAUGGGCCAAGGCUGAUAGCCGAGGCCGGGCCGAAUUAGUGAAACAAACCAAAACCCGAUGGGCAAGUUGCCGCGACCAGUUCAGGCGGGAGAUGACCAGCAAAGGCCGGAGUGGGGAGGGAUCGUCGCGUAAACGGGCCUAUAUAUAUACGGCCCAGUUGCAAUUUCUGCGGCCAGUUAUGGAAUUGAGGCCUACUGUGGACAGUCUGGAUCCAUCCCACGAGUCUGAAUCGUCGGGCAGUGAAACCCCUGCAGUCUUUUCCCCGCAGGCAAGUCCUGAACCAACCCCGGCUCAGGACCCGGAAGACUCCACGCAGGCUGAGGCCCCCCUACCACUGGCCAGUCCACCCAGGAUUGUCCAGCCUCAGCCCAGACGGCGCCGCCAAGUCCCUCCCUCUACCUCUGGGCCAGAGAGUCGGGAGGUUAUUGAUGCACGCGUCAUCGAUUUUCUGGCCCAGAGGAGGAGUGAUGGCAAGGAGGAGAAGCUGUUGAGGGGACUGGGCCCGCUCCUGCAGCAGGUUCCUACAAAUGAACAUCCGGACUGCGUGGCCUCCAUAGCCAUCGUCAUCAAAAUGUUCGCUUGCCCCAACCAUGGAGACAUCAUUGGCCGAUUAAAUAACAUGCGCAUUGAGAUUGAAAAUGCAGAGCAAGUAGUCAUGACGCCAGUUGCUGUUAAGCAACAAGGACAUGGAGUCCCCUUUAUAGAUGGUAUUGUUGGUACCCAGGUGUAG